AAAAAACCCUGAAGCCAUCUAGAAUUUUUCAAUGGAAACCGCCCAGCUUUAUUCAAUGCAUUAUUAAAUCAAUUACUUUUCCGCUUAUCCCUCUAAUACUGGCAUCUACGUAGACGGCGUCGUCGUUUCCAGGAGCGCUUCAAACGGAUAAGAGUGGCAAUGGAGGAGGUCCAGCACAAUAAUGGCUCUGAGUCUCAACCUGUUUCCGUCGCCACAACUAUAACUGCCUCUCACCUAUCACAGAUUGCCCAGAUGUCUCUGGGUGGUAAUCCAGUGGCUGUGGUUCAGCUGCCCAGCGGUCAGUUUCAAGUUCAAGGCGUGAUUCAGUCAGCACAGUCAUCAGUUAUCCAGUCUCCACCAGUACAAUCACAGGGCCAAGGGUCUGACAGUGACGAUUCUCAGGAAUCAAGCGACAGCGGAGCAUCAAAUCAGAAGUCAAGAGAGAUCUUAGCUCGGCGCCCAUCUUACAGGAAGAUCCUAAAUGAUCUGUCAGCGGAGGAGCUGGCAACUCAGAAUGAGGGAGAAGAGGAAAGUUCCACCUCCUCUGCCAUAACAAGCGUCUCACUCCCGACCCCAAUCUACCAGACAAGCACUGGCCAAUAUAUUGCGAUUUCAUCCAAUGGCUCUCUUCAGCUGGCCAGUGCUGGUUCAGAGGGUGUACAAGGCCUACAGACUCUCACCAUGUCCAACUCCAACCCAAGCCAGCCAACUAUACUGCAAUAUGCUCAGACUGCCGACGGACAACAGAUUCUGCUGCCUAGCAACCAGGUGGUUCUCCAAGGUGCAGGAGGAGAAAUGCAAGCUUAUCAGAUCCGCUCCUCUUCCUCCUCGCUGCCUCAGACUGUUGUCAUGACUUCACCUGUUAUCAACUCUCAGGGCAAGAGCGACGACCCACAAAUGAAGAGAGAGAUACGGCUGGCCAAGAACAGGGAGGCAGCCAGAGAGUGUCGCCGAAAGAAAAAGGAGUAUGUGAAGUGUUUGGAGAACCGCGUGGCUGUGCUGGAGAAUCAGAACAAGACUCUUAUCGAGGAGCUCAAGACAUUAAAGGACCUGUACUGUGUUAAAACUGGCUAGUGGGAGAUCCCUCCAAUCACGCUAAUGGGACUUUGCUGGCAGACCUGUGUGUCUGCUUAUGUGCUUACACAAACACAGACAGGGACUUUUUUCUGGCAAGAGGAAUACAUUUAUUCCUCCUGUCGAAUGCUUGUUUUUAUACAGCUCAUUUUUAACUAAUAGCCUAAGAACGAUUGACCAGAAACAACAGCAACAAUUACGCUUUUAAAAAUAGAUGGAAAGAGGGAUUCGUUUUUUUCCAUUAACAUAUUUUUAUUUGCCGUCGACAGAUGUUUAUAUUUGUGUAUGUAUCUUGUGCAAGCGUUGGCACGUCUACACUGGGAGAUCUUGCUUUAUUCUUGACCCAUUUGGUUUUUCCAGGGAAGUUUUGAAUGUUAAUUUUAUUGAAGCGCUAGCUGAGCGCAUUAGCUGUCUGUUGAGGUGACAGACUGGUAUUUUUACACCUUAUCUCAAAUGCGCUUGUAUGUAUGAAAAUUGUGACGCAAUUGUGUUUUUUUUUUUCAAGUCAUGCAGCUGUGUUCUUUGCAUUUAUUUUGUGCUAUUUACCCCUUUAUAGGAAGCUCUGGCAUUCCUAUCCCCAUUCCGUAUUUUGUUUUACGUUUAGUGAGACAUUUUCUACAGAGACUGAGCAGAUUUUAAGGUGAGGACUUUCAGCUUUACUAUUAUUGGUAACAUUCAAGUCAUUAAGUCAUUUUAAGCCUUAUUGUGGACUGAUAGACUAAUCAUGUAGAAUUGAAACCUUUUUAGUCCAAGCCUUGGUAAUAUGUCUAACUGGUCUUUAAGCCAUUCACACACUUGGGUUGGGACCGUGUUGGCUUUUAGCUGAUUAAUAGACCCGAGGCUUACCACUGUUUAUAAGCCAAGCUGUUACACGACAAUCGAAUCAGGGAGCAUACGAUGAAAAACAAAACAUACAAUGUCACUUGUUUUAGGUAAAGUGAAUCUAAAUAAAUAUUUUUCCAGCCUUUAA